AUGUCGUACACUUCCUACUCCGAUGCUCGCAUGUCCUUCGCAACCUCAUCUAAACCUCGAAAAACACUCCGAUCUCCGGACCGGGACAUCGCAUUCCGAAACCAAUACAUCGCCCGCAGUAAAACGACUCUCGUUCUCCGCCCAUACGGCAGUGCCCAAUCAGCCGUCGCGUAUAAAAUCACUGAGGAAGACGGCACCCCGCAGUUCACCAUCACCGGUCGCAAAUACAGUGACAGAUCCUGUCGGGAGUUCCGAGAUUCCUCGGGUCUACCGCUCUUUGAACUGCAUCGCAAGUGGUAUCGCUCGAACAGUUGGUCGGUUAGUUUACCGGGAUGCGAUGAUGCGACGAUCGCGACUGGAUCUCCGCGCUGGACGCUGGGGAGGACUUCGCUCGGGGACUUUAAUCUUUCCUUUGAGAAUGCGGCUGCGUUUGAUGGGAAGAGGCAGGAGGAGAAGGAUCUUACGUUAAAUAUUGAGAGGCAUGGGAAUGCGUUAGCGCUUUUCGAUAUCGUUGAUGGAGAUCGGAAGGUGGCUGAAGUCAAGGAGAGCAUUCAUCAUAAUGAAAAGUUGAAUUUGAUGGGUUCUAAGGCGGGAUAUAGACCUGCUUUGGAUGUGAUUGUAAUGCCUGGUGUUGAUAUCUCGCUGGUUGCAACAGUUGCAGUGAUUGUGUCGGACUGGGUGUUUGGGUCAAGUUAA